AUGUGGCACGUCUACGUGAGAGCAAGACACGCCAAGCGGGUGGACCGGGCAUUACGCCUGUGGCUUCACCCCUCGACUCCAAAGAAAGAUUUUCCGUGGUGCGCCGUCACCCACUACAUCAGCGAUUGGAAGGCAGCUCAAAAUGGGAUAAUCAGUGUCAAGGCUGUUGGUCCAGUGAAGGAUGAGAAUCUGACCAUGAUUUCGAAGCACAACAAUUUUGUUGAACUUACCCAGGCCAAGUACUGCCCAGUCGAGAUCCCAGGAAUGCUUAAACAGGCGACCACAAAAGAUUUUGGCCCUCGCACCUGUUUGUCCAUGUUCCUCUCGGUCAAGGCACGGUCAUUGCACGCUGAUAAAGUUGCUGCUGCCGAUGUGGAUACCGAUUCCGACUCUGACGAUUCUCUCCUUGAUGACAUCUCUCACAAGUUUACAAAAGUGUCGACCAAAGGGAAGACGAAGAUAAAGAAGAAAGUCCCAAAAACUUCUAAGCAUCUGUCUCUUGAGAACGAGGGCCCUGUUCUGACACCAGCGCAACAGCGCCGGGCCCGAGAGUCGGAAAGGAAGCGAAAAAUGGACCUGGAGAAUAAUGUCCCAAGCCCGCUGUUCAUCAUGGUUCUACCUGGCGAAAUGGAAGGGACUUAUCUCUUCAUCAGCCGUUUGAAAGUUCUGGGCAAAUGGUUCCCUAAGUCUCUCAUCCACACGACACGCCGCAAGGAACUUGUGUGGUGCUUGGAGACUCUACGGGCACGACCAGCCGACCAAACUCAACAGGGCGUUGACGAAGCUAUUGACUUUCUGGAUGGCUUUGGCUCUGAUCCUCUUGAUGUCGGUGAAGCAAAGUUGGAAUUUGAUAUGGAUAUGGCAGACGCUAAAGAUAUUGACGACGGAGCUACGGUCGCUGGCGCCAUGGAUGAGUUGCUGGAAAAGGAUAGUCAACUGGAGGCUGCUAUCACGGAGAUUGAAUUCAAGGACAAUCUCUUGUCCGAACAGAAUUCUGCUUUGGAGGCCGAACGAUUACGAUCUGAACAUGGGCCUUCCAACAAGUCGCCUACGGAGGAGGAUGUUCCUCCCCCAGAAAAGCCACACUCACCGUCCACUCCGGCACGAUCCAACAAGCUAGGUCCCCUCACCUCCCCACUGCCGGGAUCUCCUUCUCCGGCACCUGGGCCCAAGACAAUGUUACCACCUCAGAGUGCUGCCACUCGCCCCAAAUCCUUUGUCGAGUCAGUGACCCCGGACCAAGCCCCGAGGACGGCACCUACAGCACAUCCUCCCAAGCGGGACGGUGGUCCCAAUGCAGAGUCUAUCACUCCGUCCUUGACUGACACUCAAGGUUCGGGGAGUCAAUCCGAUGCAUCUACCCCGUCGGUCUUCCCCAUCUUCCGCCACCCUCAUCAGUCUCCUCCCUCCGUCCCGGUUAAGGGCAAGAAGGGUAAGAAGACACCAUUGGCCAACCGUGGAGCUUCCCGCUCCACGGCAGGGCAAUGA